AUCUCGGAUGACAGUUCGGCAAUUUCGGUGAAAAGGUGACGUUUUCAUUAUUUGGUCGAAUUGAGAAUUGUUUUCACGCAAAUCGACAGCCAAUUACAAUAAUUUGACCAAUAUUCUCGCAGAAUACACUUGAAUGAAUGCAAAGCGGAUUAAACGAACAAGAAGAAGCAUUUAUAAUUUAAGAUAGAAUAACAUAGAACAUGGAUACCAAAUUAGAUAUUUACGAUGGAGACGACUACUCGUUGGAGGGCGAUAUGUCAGUGCCUUCGGCACGAAGGAAUACUUCACAGCCCGGCCAACCAGAUUUUAACACACUUGACGAACCGAUCAAAGAAACAAUCCUGCGUGAUUUGAGAGCAGUUGGCGUGAAAUUUUAUCAUGUACUAUAUCCAAAGGAAAAAUCCACAUUACUCAAAGAAUGGGAUUUGUGGGGACCGUUGAUUUUGUGCACAUUUAUGGCAACGAUACUUCAAGGCUCAUCAGACGCUCAGAACGAUGGUGGUCCCGAAUUUGCGCAAGUAUUUGUAAUCGUUUGGAUUGGUGCCAUGAUCGUUACACUUAACUCAAAACUCCUUGGAGGCAAUAUAUCAUUUUUCCAAUCGGUAUGUGUACUGGGCUAUUGCUUGGCACCAGUGGCUGGUGCUUUAAUCGUUUGUAAAGUACUCCUCUUCGUUGAACAACAGAAUUUUAUAUUCUUUCUACGGCUGGUGGCCACGUUAGUUGGCUUUUUAUGGGCUUCGUAUGCCGCAUACAUUUUCCUUGGUGACAGUCAACCGCCCAACCGGAAACCAUUGGCCGUCUAUCCUAUCGUUUUGUUCUAUUUCAUUUUAUCUUGGCUUGUUAUAUCGCAUUCCACUGUCUAAACAAACAACAACAGAGAAAAUUUCGUUAUUAUGUGUUAUUAGUAGAUAAAACUGUAAAAUAAAUGUGAAUUAAGUCUGUCCGCGCAUCAUGAGAACAACUCACCUAUAUUUUAUAUGCUAGCGAAUGAGCGUACGUGUGCAAUUGAAUUAUAAACUGUAAUGUAAUGGAAGCACAAUUCAAAUUUCAAUUCAUUCCAAAAUGCAGAAGGAAAGCAAAUAUAGUAAAUUAUACGAA